AUGGCCACCCAUGAUGAUGUCCCCCCAGCCAGGGUUCUGGCUCCAGUGGCUGUGUACUGCGGUAGCGUCCCUCGGACCAGGGCUGGGGCCCGCGCGCUCCCGCCUGGAAGCAUUGAUUCCAGUCUGCCGGCUCAUGGAGAAGCCGCCCUCCAGCCCAUACCGAGUGUCCUGCUGAGCAAUGAGAAGCCGUCACAGCUGCUGAGUGGACACGGGAACCCGGGUAGCCAAAAACUGGAUGCUCCUUUGAAAGGCUGGCAGGCCAGGAAUGGUCACUACAGGAACCUUGGGGCACUGUCUUUGGGGUCCCACUCCCUGGCAGAGUCGGAGGCCAGCAGCGUGGCCCGGGACACCACCCAGAUCAAGGACAAACUCAAGAAAAGGAGGCUGUCAGAGGGCUUGGCAGCAUCUUCCCCAGCCUCUCUGGAUCCUGGGGGAGGCCCCAAAGGAGCUGCUUUGAGAAGUACCAUCCCCCGUGCUACCUGCCAGAGGCUGCUGAGGGUGCCAAGGCCAAUGCCUCCCAUCCAGAGCAUCCCCACCACCCCAGAGGCCAGUGGAGGCAAGGAGAAGGGCCUGGACCAGGGACCCCAGGAGUUGAGACCUGGCACCCAGGAGGUGCAGAUCUGCCCGCAAUUCCUGCACUGCAAUGAUGACAAGAUGCGGAAGUCGCUGGGGGGCCUGGUGGUCCCACCCAUCCCAAAGGUGGGCGUGCAGGUGGCGGCCUCCUCCCGCGCUGCUGGCACCCUUCCUAGUCCCUGGCCUCCAGGUCAGGACAUGGCCACAGGCCUGAAGGCCUCUCGUACACGAUUGGUUCGUGAGAGCGGGCCUCAGGAGAGGAGCCCUAAAUCUCUGGGGCCCAAACCCUCAGCCCUGCCCACUGGAGACAGGCCUGCCACUGCUGAGAAGCCCCCCCUGCCCUCUUCCCAGUCUGCCCCGGCGCUUACAGCCAUUUCCUUUGGCCCUGCUAGAGGAGCCCGCCCCUGGCUAAAAGAAGAGGACCAGAAGGAGAGCAGCACCAAGGUAUCUGGGAAGCGAGAGGAGGAGGAGCACAAGCUGUCUGAUAUUAGCCAUGCUAACUCAUUACCAGCGGUGCUAACUUUGGGGUCUCCUGACUGGGAAGAGGAGGAGGAGGAGAUGGAUCUUAGAGCCUUUAAAGAGUUGAGGCCUUUCUCAAACCCGGACCUGGGCUUGGUAGAUGCCUUGCAGUGCCUCAGCAGCAGCGACUGGCAGUUGAAGGAGAAGGGCCUGGCGAGCAUCCGGUGCCUGGCCACCUGUCACACGGAGGUCCUUGCUGGGAGGCUGCAUGAGGUGUCCUUGGCAGUGACUGGGGAGGAGAUUGCCCGCUGCCUGCUCCAGAAGAUGGGGAACACCAGCGAGUUCAUCCAGAGAGCAGCCAAGCGGUCCCUGGGGGCCAUGGUGGAGAACGUGACCCCUGCUCGCUCCCUUGUGGCCCUCACCUCCGCAGGCGUCUACCAUCGAAACCCCUUAGUCCGGAAAUGCACCGCUGAGCACCUCUCAGCCGUCUUGGAGCAGAUCGGUGCCGAGAAGCUGCUCUCGGGCAGCAGGGACAGCACGGAGAUGCUGGUGCACAACCUGGUGAGGCUGGCCCAGGACUCCAACCAGGACACCAGGUUUUAUGGCCGGAAAAUGGUGACUAUCUUGAUGGCGAACACGAAGUUUGAUGCAUUUCUAAAGCAGUCCCUCCCAUCACAUGACUUGCGGAAGGUCAUGGCGGCCAUUAAGCAGCGGGGAAUUGAAGAUAAUGAUGAACUUUCAUCUGCCAAAGGCCACAAGGUGUCCCGGAGUCUGGUGUGUGAAAAUGGGCUACCCAUCAAGGAGGGGCUCAGCUCCAAUGGCCCCCGGCUGCUGGGGCUGCGGGCCUCCCUGCGGGGCACUGGAGAGAUUGGGGAGCAGCUUCGAGAGCUGACUCGGCUGCUGGAGGCCAAGGACUGCAGGUCCCGGAUGGAGGGCGUGGGACGACUCCUGGAGCACUGCAGAGCCAAGCCCCAGCUCAUCAGCUCCCACCUGGUGCAGGUCUUUGAUGCUUUCACCCCGAGGCUUCAGGACUCCAACAAGAAAGUGAACCAGUGGGCACUGGAGGCCUUUGCCAAGAUGAUCCCCCUCCUCAAAGAGGGCUUGCAGCCCAUGCUGCUCUCCAUCAUCACUGCUGUUGCAGACAACCUCAACUCCAAGAACUCAGGGAUUCGUGCUGCUGCUGUGACUGCAUUGGACGUGAUGAUUGAGAGCCUGGACAACCUCUGCCUCCUCCAGGCCUUUGCUGGACGGGUGCGUUUCCUGAACGGCCGCGCAGUGCUGGAUGUCACAGAACGCUUGUCAGUGCUGGUGGCCUCGGUUUACCCCCGGAAGCCUCAGGCGGUGGAGCGGCACGUCCUUCCCGUCCUCUGGUACUUCUUGAACAACAGGCUUGGGAAUGGCAUCCCGCCUGGGCACGGCCAGAGCCUCCGCACAGUGGUGUGCCGGCUGUCCCACAGCCUCCAGGAGCAAAUGGGCCCCCGCCUGCAGGACUUGGCUGCUGGCCAGCCGGAGCAUGUCCUCAGAACGCUCCGGGAACUCUUAGACGUGGAGUCCAGGGGAGGCAGCCACUAG